AGCACAUCGUCUCAAGACAUAUAUAAAUCAAGACAUACCGGAAGAAUACAUACCACAAGACAUAAUGGGUGGCGGAAAUCUGGUGAUACUGCCGGGAGACUCGUGCGCGUACGGGUCGCCCAAGUUCUUCGCGCUGUGCGGUUUAGGUGGUGUCCUGUCGUGCGGUGUCACACACACGGCGUUGACGCCACUGGAUCUGGUGAAGUGUCGCAUUCAAGUGAAUCCCACCAAAUACAGGGGCAUUGGGUCGGGCUUUAAGGUGACCGUCGCGGAGGAGGGUAUGCGAGGGCUGGGCCGCGGGUGGGCGCCCACGGCGUUCGGUUACUCUCUGCAAGGGUUGGGAAAGUUUGGUCUCUACGAGGUGUUCAAGAAGGUGUACGCCGACGCCAUCGGCGAAGAGGCCGCCUUCCAGUGGCGGACGUCCCUCUAUUUGGCCGCUUCGGCGUCGGCCGAGUUCUUCGCCGACAUCGCGUUGUGUCCGUUCGAGGCGUGUAAAGUGCGGUCGCAGACACAGCCCGGAGCGUCGCCGCUGUUGCGCGUGAUUAUGCCCGGCAUCUGGAAGAGCGAGGGUUUGGGCGGCUUUUAUAAGGGUUUGGCGCCGCUGUGGAUGCGUCAGAUCCCCUACACGAUGAUGAAGUUCGCCUGCUUUGAGCGCACCGUCGAGUUGCUGUAUAAGCAUGUGGUGCCCAAACCACGCGCCGAGUGUAACAAAGCGGAACAGUUGACGGUGACGUUCACCGCCGGUUAUAUCGUANACACGAUGAUGAAGUUCGCCUGCUUUGAGCGCACCGUCGAGUUGCUGUAUAAGCAUGUGGUGCCCAAACCACGCGCCGAGUGUAACAAAGCGGAACAGUUGACGGUGACGUUCACCGCCGGUUAUAUCGCCGGUGUCUUCUGCGCGAUUGUCUCACAUCCGGCCGACACAGUGGUCUCGAAGCUCAACCAAGACAAGGGCAGUACCGCCGGAUCGGUGCUCAAGAAGUUAGGAUUUGGCGGUAUGUGGAAAGGACUGACGCCCCGUAUCAUAAUGAUUGGUACGCUAACUGGUCUCCAAUGGUUCAUCUAUGACGCGGUGAAGGUUGCGCUGGCAAUGCCGCGGCCGCCGCCGCCCGAAAUGCCCGAAAGUCUUAAGAAAAAGUUGGCCGCAAAGCAGGAAUAAUGAGCGCUUCGCAAGAGUUUUAGGCUUAAUAUAUAACUAAAUUUA